AUAGCUCCAAAAGAUACCUGAAACUCCAGACACGAUAAAUUCCUCUGCAAAGCUGCUACCAACGCGCUCUGGUUCUUCUGUAUAUUUCAAUGUAGCCAGCAAAGAACUUCCAGGUUUGGCGAUGGAGAAGGUCCCGCUGCUGCUGCUUGUAGCGAUGGUGGUGCUAGCAGCAGCAGCACUUCCGGUUCUGGGACAAGAAGUAGAAGCUGAAAACGAGGCGUUCGAUCCAAACGACGACUUCGAGUUCCAGAUGAAGAAGCCGAAAAUUCUCGUCAAAGGCCAUGUUGUCUGUGAUCGAUGCUGGCACGGACGUGUUGGCAACAUGAGCCUCCCUCUCCAUGACGCCGAGGUAGGCAUCAAAUGCGUGGACCUGUAUGGAUUCGUGACCUUCUCCGGCGUUGGAUACACCAACACUCACGGCGUCUUCACCAUUCCCAUGGACGAGAUUCCAGCCAUCUUCGGCGUUAAGGGAUGCAAAGCCAAGCUUCUGCGAGGCCCAAGCACCGGCGACUGCGAUGAGGUGAGCUCCAUGGGAGAUGGUCACACGGGAGCUCCGCUUCUACUCGUCCACAAAUCCCUGCGAGAGGUCGUGUUUACUUCCGGUCCCUUCGCGUGCCGGCCUCUCAAACGUCCGGGAGCUUGCAAAACCGCCGCUGCUCCUCCUCUUCCUCCUCCGCCAGUUUACAAGUACUCGUCACCACCGCCACCGUUCAAGCACGUCCCAAACCAUCAUCCACCCCCGCCAAGCGUUCCCAGCUACCAUUCUCACACUCCUCCGCCUGUUUCUCACCAUCCGCCACCACCAUCUCCACGACCAGUUGCUCCUCCAGUUUCUAAGUCGCCGUUCAAUCCAUACAUUUACAAGUCCCCACCCCCACCACCUCCAGCUCCUGUGAAAUACCAUCAUCCACCUCCGGCUCCAAUCUACUUCCGCAAAACUCCACCUCCGCAGAUCCAUCCUUCACCACCUCCUGUAACUUCUCACAAGUAUCCGCCUCCAAUGGCACCUCAGAAGCCAUUACCACCACCUCCUGUAACUUCUCACAAGUAUCCGCCUCCAAUGGCACCUAAGAAGCCAUCGCCACCACCAAGUAGCAAGCCGCCACCUCCAAAAUCAUCACCUGGGCCUGUUACAAAGCUUCCACCUCCACUUUUCUACCACUCUCCUCCACCACCACCUACGUAUCAUAAUCGAUCUCCACCACCUGUUCCUGCCAAGUCUCCUGUUCAAGUGCCACCUCCUCAUGCCUACAAGUACUCUUCGCCUCCGCCGCCACCGAGAAGCAUCACCUGGGAUUUCGGAGUCAAGCGAGGAAAGUUAGCCAUAGAUGCCUCUGAAUUGCCAGAGGAAGAUAUAAACGACUGAAGUACCUCGAAAGAUGACCCCGGCUUGGAGUAAGCUAUGCACAGCUGAGAGGCCAAGAACACCGAUAAAAAUUUAGUUCUUUGGAGUUUGAUAAGGCUUUGAACAAAAUGCUUGUUCAAAGACUUGCGUACCUCUGCAACUGUGAGACACUUGAAUUAUUUACAAAUGCUUCCUACAUCCUACCUA